AUGUCUGAUACCGAGAUGGGAAACACCGCGCCCACUGCGGCUGCGUCUAAGAACGAGAGACUCCCCAUUACUGUGUCUAAGCCUACUCCUUACACAUUCGACCUGGGCCACCUGCUAGUCAACGACCCCAACCCUCUGGAGAUUGACCCCAACGAGACCCUCAACACCUCACUGAAAGCCACCGCCCGCGACGGCGUGCAAGUUCUCCUCAACCAGCUCUUGACAACAUGUGAAAUCAAGUCCUCCGUCGCCGAUGGUGUUCUGCUCACCCUGCCGGCCCCCAACAUCCACCUCCCCCGGCACAAGCCCCUCCCUACACCCAAGGCACCCACGAAAUGGGAGCUCUUCGCACGCAAGAAGGGCAUUGGCAAAUACAGCCAGAAGCCCGGUGCCGCAGGCCAAGACAAGGAGCGCCGCAAGAAGCUUGUCUACGACGAGGCCAGUGGCGAGUGGGUCCCUCGCUGGGGAUACAAGGGCAAGAACAAGGACGACGAGAACCAGUGGCUUGUUGAGGUCGAUGAGAAGAAGUGGAAGAAGGAAGAAGAGGCUGCUGCCCAGGGAUCUUCUGUCCGUGGCAUGUCCCGUACCGAGCGCAAGGAACGCAUCAAGCGUAAUGAGCGUAAGCAGCGCUCUAAUGAGAAGCGAUCGAACCCUGCUCGUGCGAAGUGA